UAAUUUGCAUUUACAAACACAACACAAGGAGCAUUCCGCACGUCGUGUUUUGUUUAGCUCUCUGCGGUGCGGCUGUUUUUCUGUGCGUUGCAAUCUCUGCUUUCUAGCUCCAGAACUCUUUAGAAUGGCUGAUAUCAAAUUGAGCAAAGUUAAAGGAAAGCUACAGGGUUUGAAGGAUAAGAUCGAGAAGGCCGAAGAUCGAUGCAAUGACUGUAAGAACGAGCUUCGAGAGGUAGAGGAAGCCUGUGACAAAAAUGAAGGCGAAGCAGAUUCAUUCAAACGAAGAAUUCGCCUCGUUCAAGAUGAACUGUCAAAAACUACGGAAGUUCUGGAAGAGAAACAGGCUAGAUUGGCCGAAAUACAGGCAAUUUCGUGCGAGCAUGAGGUCGCCUGCAAAGAGCUGGAAGGGAUAGACCGCGAGAGCGACGAAAAACUGACUGACAUGGAAGAGAGGGUUCUUGCAGCCAUGCAAUUAGCAAAGGAAUCCGAUGCACGUCUACAAGAAGCGAAGCAAAAAUAUAGAGUCACUGUGGGCGAGGUGGAGAAGACAAAAGAACGCGCUGAAUACUUAGAAGGAAAAUGCCAAGAGUUGGAGGACGGUAUUUCUAGCACAAGCACCACUUUGAGAGACAUGGAAGGUCGGGAUGCUGAGUCUGCGGAAAAAGAACAGGAGCUGCUAGAGAAGUUGGAGUUCUUAGAGGGACAGCUGAAAGAAGCUAUUGCCCGCGCAGAAGAAGCCGAGCGCAAAGUGCAGCCACAAGAAACCAUCAUCGAUGACCUGACGCAAGAACACGAUUCUUAUGCGGACAAAAUCAAAGAUAUCGAGCAAGAAAUGAAGAAAAUGGAAGACAUGGUGGAAGCGUCAAUAGAUGAUGUUGAUGUACAAGAACCUAGAAAGGUAACAGAUCGCUAUCAAGUACAGGAAGAGCACGAGCCCGGGGAAGAACCGACAAAUCCCGAACCCGAACCGGAGCCAGAACCCGUCAGGUCCGAAGAGGAAGAAGAUGAAGAAUGAAAUAAUCCCGCAUUUGGGUUUUAUGCGCUGUAACUGAUCCGAAAGUUUGACAAUGCGAACUCCUGAACAUGACUAUUUUUACAAAUGAAAUAUUUUACUGCGUUAGGAGUGAAAUUAGAAUUUGACCUUUAUCAUAAGUGCCUUGUUUGAAAUCUUAACUUUUUCUAGGGGCUUUUAAAUCAAUAUUUUUCAACCAGUUGAUUCUAAUCUUAAUUAGAUGGUUUUAAUAUCGAGGCGGGUACAAGCUUCUCAGUAGGUGUGUUAUUAACUUGGACGUUUUUUGAUUGUCUGUCAAUUUAAUUAAUUUAAUUCAUUACAAUUAACUCCUUCUUGAGUGAAGUGCUGGCUUUAAAAUAAACCUCUUUAUUCGCAUUGGAUUGAAUGUUUUCGUUUUUUAACUUUAAGAUUUAUGCCCAGAUUUUAUACGCUGAGGGAAACAGGAACAAAAUUCUUGCGUGACAAGAAAAGAUCAUUGAAGCGAUAAAUAACACAGCCAGAUACUAAUGAUUUUCUGUUAGUAAACAUCACGGAAAGCCAAAUGUCUUCAUAUCUAUUUAUGCAAUCAUAAUAAAUGCCGUUUGCCUUG